GCGUUUGACUGUUAGCCCUGGAUCGCAGCUAAGUCAGUAUGUCGGAGAAGGAACUUGGGAAAAAGUGGGACCGAUGCCUCGCAGAUGGUGUCGUUAAAAUCGGUACUGGGCUGGGAUUAGGGAUCGUCUUUUCAGUCUUGUUCUUCAAACGGCGCACAUGGCCGAUUUCAUUAGGCUCUGGAGUCGGGCUUGGCAUGGCGUAUGCCAACUGUCAGAGCGACUUGAGGUCACAUUAUCUGCUGCACAGGAGUGAAAAGGAACAGUAACUGCAAUUCAUCCAGUCAUUUUAAAAGUUUUCAUUUUGCAAUGAUUUUGUCUUCGGGAGUGUCAUCAUUUGCACUAGUCUACAGUUGGAUUAAUGUCUGUCGGUUGAUUAUCCAUCCUCAAUCUGUAUGU